CUUGUUAUCAGAAACUUUGACAGUUCACAGAAUAUUCGUGAACAUGGUUAAAGCACAACAUUAAACAACAAUCGUCGAACGAAUCACUGAUUUAUUCACCGAAAAAUAUCCAAAUAUUAUUUUUAUUUAAAUAAAAUGCCAUUAAGAGAAAGUGAUUCGGAUGAAUCCAUUGACCAAUUGGAGAAAUUUCGACAUGCAAACGUACGACCGGGAAUGUUUGUCAGUGGUUGGGAGGACCCGAACGAUGAAGUUUUCGAAGAAAAAAAUCCAAGAGAAACCCUACACAAAGAAAUUCUUUGGGCAACGGAGGAAGGCAAAUCUGAUUUAGUUGAGAGUAUUUUAAUGCGAGACAUAACAACAAAAGACUCGCGCGAUGAGGACGGUUACACACCAUUACAUCGAGCAGCCUAUUCCAACAAAAUGGACAUUGCUAAAAUUCUGCUUAAAUAUGGUGCAAAUGUGAAUGCAAGAACAGAAUACGAAUGGACACCAUUGCAUUCAGCGGUCAAGUGGUCAAACAGUGAAAUGGCUGCAUUUUUGUUGCAGCAUGGUGCUGAUGUGAAUGCUUUAUCUCAAGGUCAACAGACUCCAUUGCAUAUUGCUGCCACUGUAUCGAAUUGCCGAGAGACAGCAAUGACAUUAAUGUUGGAACCGAAUUGUAAUACAGCUGCAUUGAACAAUUCGGAAGAGACAGCCGCACAAAUUGCACGACGAACGGGCAUGUCACAUCCAAUCUUUGAAAUGGGACACACGGCAUUCACAGUCGAAACGGGUUUAGUUGAUUAAAAUCGAUUAUUUUAUUUUUUAUAAUAACCUCAAAAAUAAACUUAUGUUAAGAUUCAAUUUACGACUGAGUAAA